UUAAUUUUGCCACCGCUUUCCUUCUUCGUUUUCCUUCCGUGGCGUUCUUUGCUAGAAGUCCAUGUAUCCCCUUCAAUUGACCGUCUGGAAGACUAUCUCCUCCAUCUCUGUUGCUACGGUAGCUUUAAUCGCCUGCUCCUUAAUAACUGCUUGUUUCACUUUUAUUAUCUCGCUGUUUGACUGGAAGCGCCAUGGCUGCAGACAUCAGGCACGCUGCAUCUCAAAUUGUAUCUACAGACCGCACCCGUGACUUGAAUUACAACCAGUUUUCCUUCAUCCCCUUCCUCCGCAAGAGCUAUGGCUUUGGCCUCGCGUCCGAUGUUCCCGUCUGCAAAGCCUACAGUGAGGGCCACUGCCCACUGGGCCCUGCCUGCCCCGACCGGCAUCCGACUCCCUCGCGGGUAACUACCUCCACAACCACCGCCUCCGGAUUGGCGCCUUCUACCACUCACGGAUCACUCGUCUGCAAGCACUUCUUGAAGGGUCUUUGCAAAAAGGGCAUGAAGUGCGAGUAUCUCCAUGAAUACAACCUCCGCCGCAUGCCGGAAUGCCAGUCAUUUUCUCGGUCCGGAUAUUGCCCCAACGGGGACGAUUGUUUAUAUCAACAUGUGCGUGAGCAGGCCCGGUUACCUCCGUGCGAGCACUACGAUCAGGGAUUCUGCUACCUCGGCCCUAUAUGCGCGAAGCGACAUAUCCGUCGGCGUCUGUGCCAGUACUAUCUUGCUGGAUUCUGUCCUAAGGGUCCUUCCUGUACCGAUGCCCAUCCUCGAUGGUCGGAGAAUCUACCUAAACCUACGGUCCGUGUCGAAAAGACGGAAGAGGAGCUCGAAUAUGAAAGGAACCUGAUUCGCGAGGAGCAGGAGAGGGAGAGGGAGAGGGAACGCGAAUGGAGGAGUGAACGUGGCCGCGGAGGUUUCAUGUCGCGCGGCCGAUACCGUGGUAGAGGGCGUGGCUAGGCGACAGACUUGAGAUUGAACCGACACAUUUCACACUCUUGACCACUUCUCAGAGUCGACAGCGUCGAAUUCUGCCCGAUCGAUGACCACGCCCCUUUCAAGGGACGCUCGGCUUAGCCUGCUUACAGAUCCCUGCUGUCCGUUCCAGUCUCCAGGCGACUUUAUCGAGCCCGGCUCGGAAGCUGAAUCAGCUUAGGUAACGACGGAUCUUCAGGCACAUAGGAGCCUGGGCUCAAUGGAGGCUGGAGCUUUACAAAGUAGCGCCAAAGCGGACUCCGCUCCAUAUCAGCCUCCGCUCCAGCCGCCAGUCCGAGCUUAAGCUAUUUACCAUUGGUAUCUGCAUACUAUAUAGAUAUCCGAAGCAUGAUGACAUACGUCCGCCAAACCACUCGACGUGUAUCUAGAUAGGACCCAAGAAAAUGUAUCAAUCACUAUGACACAUAUAAUUUAUUCUAAUAUCCUGUUAGGCUAGUAUCUAGGCUACUCUGGGACCUCUGGCGGCAAGAUCGCCAUGUGUAUAUCAAUACUUGGAAGAUCCGGGGUAUAUUGAAGAAGAGCGGGUGUGCC